AUGGCCAAAACACCACCAAAUCUAGUGGAAGAUUCAAUCAAACCGUACAAAUCUUCCAAAGAUUAUCCUCAAAAUGCCCAGGGUUUGUCUAUCUAUGCCUCUAUUUUCUCCAUUUUUAUUUACAUUUCCGUCUUAUAUAUCUUCAACUUGUCUCCUUCCACUCUCUUUUACAACACCAAGUUUUGGUUUUUCCUUUCCAACACUUUCAUACUCAUCAUUGCCGUUGACUAUGGAGCCUAUUCCUCAUCCAAAGGGAAACAAGACCUAUACCAAGAGUACGUGAUGCGUACCCAAGUGAAAAAUGUUCCAUCCUUCGUUCCACAAUACCAAAAAAUUGUUAAGCAAAGCACUCCUAAGCAAAAGGUCGACAGUUUUCAAGAAAUGAGAGAAGUAAUAGUUCAAGAAGUACAAGUUUUCCCUGAAAGAAACUUGCAAGUUGUUAUCAAAAGUGAUUCCAAAAAGCCUAGUGAAGAUUUACGAGAAAAGAUUAAAGCAAAAACUUAUUGUGGAAGUAAGUCGGAGCAAGCCAAAAGGGUGGUGAUAGACGAGAGCAAGAACAUUAUUAUAAGGAGUUCAGAGACUGAAAAGAAUGAAGAAAAUGAGUUUUCAACUAUGUCGGAUGAGGAACUGAACAGAAGAGUAGAUGAGUUUAUUCAGAGGUUUAACAGAGAAAUUCGACUUCAAUCCACUAGCUAG